AUGCAGACUAGAUUCAAUUGCACCCAGAACAGAGCAAAGAAGAUGGUCUGCUUUGUUUGGUCUCUGUCAAUCAUUCUAGCCACGCCUAUUUUAUAUGGACAAUCACUGCGGGCAGUAGGUGAAGAUGGUGAUUUGUUCUGGUGUGUCAAGAUGUGGCCGUCGAAAGCUGUCGAACGCUUGUUUGAAAUCUGGAUGCUGGUACUCGUACUCAGCAUUCCACUUUCAGUCAUGAUCUUUGCCUACGUCGGCAUCUGCAGAGAGCUCUGGAACGUAAUGGCCAUGAGAGGAACCAUGGUGGCCAGGAGGUAUGCUUGCGUAAUAUUUUUCAAUACCAUCUCCCUUUGCGUAAUAUUUUACGUCAUUUUUGAUUACGUAUUAUUUCAUACUAUAUCCUCGUAUUAA